AUGCUACUAGGACCAGGAACUACUAUCUUUCGCAAGUACACAAAACCUUGUCGUGUUUUCACUCUAAGUAAACAUCUAUCAUCUUUGUCUGAUACUGGCCGUGAGAAACCGAAAACAUUUGAGGGUAACAAACAAGUUAUUAACGAGAUUUGCAAUGUUUUGGAGACUGGUCCUUGGGGACCCUCUUCUGAGACUGCUCUCUCCUCUCUAAACUUCAAACCUCAACCAGAGUUAAUCAUCAGUGUGUUACAUAAGCUUAAAGAUGUUAACCAAGUAAUUGAUUACUUCCGUUGGUACGAGAGAAGAACCAAGCUUCCUCAUUGUCCUGAAGCCUAUAACUCACUGCUCCUAGUGAUGUCUCGUUGCGGAAACUUUAAAGAUUUAGAACAGAUUCUUGGAGAAAUGAGUGUUGCAGGGUUUGCCCCGUCUGUUAACGCUUGUAUCGAUAUGGUUUCCACCUGCGUUAAGGCCAAUAAACUUAAGGAAGGUUUUUCUAUUGUGAACAUGAUGAGGAAGUUGAACUUUCGACCAGCUUUUUCAGCUUAUACAACUCUCAUCGCUGCUUUCUCAGCUGUUAAUAAUCAUUCUGAUAAGAUGUUAACUCUCUUUCACCAGAUGAUGGAGUUAGGAUACGAGCCAACUCUUCAUCUGUUCACGGCUUUGAUCCGCGGAUUCGCUAGAGAAGGAAGAGUUGAUUCUGCUUUAUCUUUACUUGAUGAGAUGAAGAGAAGCUCUCUUGAUGCAGACAUUGUUCUUUACAAUGUGUGUGUUGAUUGUUUUGGUAAAGUGGGGAAAGUUGAUAUGGUUUUGAAGUUUUUUCAUGAGAUGGAAGCUAAUGGUUUGAAGCCUGAUGAGAUUACAUUCUGCUCUCUUAUAGAUGGUUUAGGUAAGGUUGGUAGAGUUGAUGAGGCUUAUAAAAUCUACAAGAAGAUGUUGGAUACUGAGUUUCGUCCUAACACUAUUGUUUACACAUCUCUCGUAAAGAACUUUUUCAACCACGGUAGAAAAGAAGAUGGGGACAAGAUUUACAAGGAGAUGAAAUGUUCUCCUGAUUUGCAGUUUCUUAACACAUACAUGGAUUGCAUGUUUAAAGCUGGAAAGGUAGAAAAGGGAAGAGCGAUGUUUGAGGAGAUAAAAGCUCAUGGUUAUGCUCCAGAUACUCGAAGCUACUCGAUUUUAAUCAGUGGAUUGAUAAAAGCAGGCGUUGCUAAUGAAACUCAUGAGCUGUUUUAUUUAAUGAAAGAGCAAGGAUGUGUGUUGGACCCAAGUGCUUACAACAUUGUCAUUGAUGGUUUCUGCAAGUGUGGGAACGUUAACAAAGCUUAUCAGCUACUAGAGGAGAUGAAAGAAAAAGGUUUUGAACCAACUGUUGUUACUUAUGGUUCAGUGAUUGAUGGACUUGCGAAGAUAGAUAGGCUUGAUGAAGCUUAUAUGCUCUUUGAGGAAGCAAAGUCAAAGAGAAUAGAGCUAAACGUGGUGAUCUACAGUAGUCUUGUAGACGGGUUUGGGAAAGUUGGGAGGAUUGAUGAAGCUUAUCUUAUCUUGGAUGAGCUUAUGAAGAAAGGGUUAACACCUAAUGUGUAUGCAUGGAACUCACUGCUUGGUGCGUUGGUGAAGGCAGAGGAGAUCACUGAAGCUCUGGCAUGUUUUGAGACGUUGAAAGAAAUGAAAUGCAUGCCGAACCAAGUUACUUACGGUAUCUUAAUAAAUGGUCUUUGUAAGAGGGUGGUUUGUUGUUUGAUCGGUUUAAAGGGAACGGUGUGGUUGAUCAAAGGUCUAAGUAGUGGAAACAGGGUGAUGGAUGCUUUUGCUGUUUUUGAGGAAACAAGGCGAAAAGGAUUGAAUAUUGAUGACAAGACAUGUGUUGUGCUUUUGGGUGGUUUACGUGAGAAUGCUUGCCUUGAGAAAGCAGCUGUCGUUAGAGCUGUUUGGAGGGAAACGGGAAAGGCAAAGCAUGUUGCACAAUGUUGGUAA